CAAGACGUUAACAAUUGGAUAAAAUAUUCUGAUACCAUGUAAAAUUUCAACUAGGAAAGAUACCCUUACCUAUUACCGGUCUACUGAAGAGAGAAAAAGAGAGGAUUAUUAUACUAAUCUAGACAUAACACCGCAAAUUAAGGGAAAGAUAAUGCCAAUGUGAAUGCCAAACAGUCCAUGCGGUGGCCGGCGUGAAAAGGGCAAAAGAAUAUAAAAAUAAAAAACGAGUAAUUAAGCUCCGGCCGAGAUGACUCUACCGAUACAGAAAGCAACUUGCCGCCGGAGUGCACGUCGUCGGAAACAUUAUAAAACUUCGUCGUCCGCCGUGAUCAGCGUGUAUGUGUGUAUUCCUACUGUACGGCGCACGGCGUGCUUGUCAAUUGUCAGCACCAAAUUAACUAAGAAAACGAAGUGGUCAGAACAUGUAAUUGUUUGUCUCAUUUCCCGCCGAUGAAGAAGAAGAGGAUCCUCUGUGACUGUUUGCCGGGAAUGAAAGACCUCCGGCGAGAAGGUCGUCGGCACUAGAGAUCCCAAUACCCGAAAUGUUUCCGUUAUUGGGAGAGGCGGAGAACAUGAAGUGUCCGCUCUGCGACGGCUGAUACUGCAAGUGAUACCCGCUGUUGGCCCUCGCCGGAGCCGGGUUGAGAAGCUGAGGAUGGCGGGGGAUACUGCUCCCCAACCCGAACCCGAAAUUCAUGCCCGACCCGGGAUGCAGAAACGGGUAGUGACCCGCCUGCUGCGCCGCCAGGGCAGGCCCGCCGGUGAACUGCUGCACCAUGGCGCGGAAGUUGGACGCGUCGGUGUUGAGAACCGUCGUCGGAGUUCUCCUGGAAGCUCGGGUCCUUCUGCGCACCGCCGGCUUCGAAACCCGGCCCUCGGGGCUCAGCCUGCCGCCAAGAGAGUGCGGUGCGGUAGGGGAAGUCACGGUGGUGGUGACCACCGUGGCGUCGGAAACCCGGCCGUCGCCGCCGAAAAGAUUGGUCAAGGGGUCCUGACACGACGGCGUUAAGCUGUGCUGAUAGAAUUGAGCCCAGUCGCUAGGGCCCACCGGCAUGGUUUCACUCAGGGCCAUUACAGAACAGAUUAUUGGUGUUAUGGUAUAAGGAAUUAAGGAGUGUGUUAAUUAAACUAGUGAUGAAUUGAAGAAGGAAGGAAGAAAAGAUUGGGAG